CCCCUUCUUUCAAGCGUUGCCAUAUGAUCAUCGAGGACGGUCCUGUAUGGACUUCUUUUCCGCAUCCAUCAUCGGGUUCUCAUUGUCUUACCUGGCCACACCCUCUCACCCUCUCACAUUCUCUCGCUUCGGAAGAUUUCAUCCGGAUUCACAGCUACGUCUCUGUCUGUCCUUCAGACAGCAUGGCUUCGCUCCUUCGUCAGCUUGUGGCCGGACCUCGUGCGCCGCAUCCCGAAGCAAACCUCGAUCUGUGCUAUGUAACGUCAAAUAUCAUCGUAAUCUCCGGUCCCUCAGCAACCUGGCCGAAACGGGCCUACCGAAAUCCCCUAGACAAGACGCUCCAGUUUCUAGACGAGCGACAUGGAGAAGACUGGGCUAUAUGGGAGUUUCGAGCCGAGGGCACGGGGUACCCCGAUGAAGCCGUUUACGGCCGCAUCAGACACUACCCUUGGCCGGACCACCACCCGCCGCCUUUCCGGCUCGUCCCUAUGAUCAUGGCCAGCAUGCGCAACUGGCUUCACGGCGGCGAACUACAUCACAGCAUAGAUUCGCCUGAGAAGGCCACUGCUGCCGCCAAUGCUACAACAUGGUCCGGCGACGAUGAGCAGGAGCGGGAAGAGGAGGAGAAAAAGAAGAAGGAGAUGGAGAUGGAGAAGGAGAAGAAGAAGCAGCGCGUCGCCGUGGUGCACUGCAAAGCCGGCAAGGGCCGCAGCGGCACGGUUGCCUGCAGCUACCUCAUCUCGGAAUGCGGCUGGAAACCGGACGAGGCCCUGACGCGGUUCACGGAGCGGCGCAUGCGGCCCAAGUUCGGUCCCGGCGUGUCGAUCCCCAGCCAGCUGCGCACCAUAGGCUACGUUGACCGCUGGACGCGCCACGGGAAGCGCUACGUGGAGCGGCCGGUCGAGAUUGUUGAGGUGCACGUGUGGGGUCUGCGGGACGGGGUGAAGAUUGAUGUCCAGGGGUUCGCCGACGGGGGGCGCAGGAUUAAAGUGUUUCAUACCUUUACGAGGAACGAGCGCCAUAUUGUGGAGGGGAAUCCGCCUGACUCGGGUGGUAUGGGGGAGAUGAUGCGUGAUUUGGCCGGGGUUUCGGUGUCGCAGGCUGUCGAUAACGUGGCGGGUGAUGCGAAGAAGCCGGGGGAGACAAUUCCUGAGGAGGGGGAGGAGGGGGAGGAAGGGAAAGAAAAGAAGGACGAAGGGAGGGAUGAUGCUAGUUCGAAACCAUUUGAUGCUUCGGAGACAAACGCGACGACAAGAACGACAAGAACGACUACCUCUGAUACCCAGCCGCACAUGGACCCCGCCAAAGGCCUCUCCUCCCGGGCAGCGAUGUUCCUCCUACAAACCUCGAACGAUAUUUCGGCCCUCACGCACAAGGCGGCCGCUACAGUUGACGAAACGCUCGUCUCCUCGCGUGGACCAUAUUCCGAAAAGUCAUCAUUGCGACGCGCAGCAGCAUAUUCUGACGUCAGCGAAGCAGAGGGCGAGACGCAGCAGCAGCAGCGGCAGCAGCAACAGCAACAGCAAGAGCAAGAAGAACCGGGCGGCAAGGCAGUCAUCCUACGCCCCGAGACACCGGUGCGCAUACCGAACAGCGACGUCAACAUAGCCGUGGAGCGGCGCAACCGCACAUCCACCUCGCUAGGCCUCACGAUGGUGACGGCGGUCGCGCACGUCUGGUUCAACGGCUUCUUCGAAGGCAACGGGCCCGAGCAAGGGGGCAAGGCGGACGCGAGCGGCGUGUUCGCGAUCGACUGGGACAGCAUGGACGGCAUCAAGGGGUCGAGCCGUAAGGGGGCUCGGGCGCUGGAUCGGAUGGCGGUCGUGUGGCGGGUGCCCGGGGCGGCGGCGGAGACGGCGGGCGCCAAGGUCGAGGAGACGGAGGCGGGUGGGGAGUUGGUGUACGAGCCGGCGGAGGGCAGCGAAGUGCCGCAGAUGGAGCCGGCGGAUUGGACGGGCGGGGAUCACCGGGCUGAACCGUCCCAGCCGGAGAGAGACUUGGGCUUACGGGUGGCGAACCCGGCCAGCGCUGAUGUUAGCAAGGCGAGUAGUGUUAAGAGUGUGGAGGUAGGGGGGAAGGAAGGGGAGGGGGAGAGGAUGGCGGAGGAAGAAGGACAGGGCAUAGCAGACGAGUUGGAUUCGUUGGCUGGUGUGAGGGUGAGCGGGCCGGCUGGGGAGGAGGAGUUGGGAGGGCAACAAGACGCUGGCAACGGGAAGCGUUCAAGGGAGGGAUGAAGUGGGGGAGUUGUGAUGGACGCAUUGAUUUAGCGUGGUAUAGUUGGGAGCGUGAUUUUGUCCAGACCAUCCGCUGUAGAAAUACGAAUA